ACAAACUGGAAUAUUUCGAAUGUCAGGAGGCGCGGAUGCCAUGGGCAAACCUGAAUCGCUGGUUUCAAGGUGAAUCUUUGAAAAUACUUAUCCUCACCAAAUUGAAUAGUUUGUUCGACCUCUACGCCAAGCCAAUCGACAACCCGGACCAUUUCAAAUCAUUCACAAAUCUUGAAACUCUUGUCCUAUCUCAAAACAGGAUAAGUCAAAUCGCCGAUGGUGCAUUCAGAUUCCAAUCGAAGCUGAAAACACUCAACUUACGCAAGAAUUGGCUACGGAAAAUCAACCCCGGGACGUUCCAAGGUUUAGAUCAACUGACCACGCUCGAUCUAUCGUAUAAUUUUCUCGUAGUAGUUGCUAUUGAGGACUUUGGAAACGCAUGGCACACAGAGCCCCUGCUUACUGUCAAUCUUGGACGUAAUCAAUUCGAAUGUGGAUGCAACAUGACAGAGCUUGCACAGGAUUUCAACAAUACAGGAUACCAACUGAUUGUGGAGAAUUUCCAGUGUGCCGGCCCUACACCUUUGAGGAACAAAUACAUCACAGACAUUGAAACCAUUCAAAGCAACCUGACAUCUGAAUGUGAGCCCCCUGUUCUUAGCAGUUGCUGCCCAGACGAUGACACAAUCGUAGCUGACCCAAGUCAGGACAACAGAGUAGAAAUCAAGUGUAAAGCAACUGGUGUCCCCGCACCAAAAGUCUGGUGCGAGCCAAUAUCUGGAAAUCCGAUGCCGAAGGAUCUUACUCCGUGGUAUUUUGAAGAGGAGACGUAUAAUUCAUUUGUGUCGCGCUGGUGUCACGCGGAGGUGGAGCAGUCGGGAACGGUUCGGUGCUGGGCAAUGAAUCCAAGUGGAGUUGUUUCCAAGGACUGUACAGUUCAUAUCAAUUCCACCUAUGCGUGGAGUGUAGAUGCGGGGAUGGCAGUGACCCCUGGCGGUAUGAGUGUGUUUGCCGCAUUGUCGCUGACUGCCUGGCUAUUUGAACGUACCAACACUUGACUAGACUUUAGGUAGAAUAUAAAGAUUUCACUGUUAAAAAGUUGAGCUUGUUUAACCUUGUGUGUUCCAUGUUUUUGUUUAAAGUUGUGUCAGAUUUUGUAAUGGGACUUACAAAUAAUGACUGAUAGAAAUACAGCUAUCUCUAUGAAGCAUUCAUGAUGUAGGAAAAACUACUGUGCUUGGGUAAGAUAAUCGUAACUGCGUAGUCUCAUAUUUUUAAAAGAGUAUCAAAAUUCAAUUAAUAUUAACCGCUCCGAAAAAAGUUGGUGCUUGUUGCAUGGAGAAAAUAUCA